UUAAGUUUUCGAAAGUAUUGACUGAUUUAGUGAAGAUAUUAAAAGAGCAUUAUCAAGUUGUUGUGCAUAAUGCUCUUCAUGUAAAUUUCUUGUGAUAUUUACCUAGUGCAAUAAAUAUUGAGAUGGCUACCGUUUUUGAUAGUCCUUUUAUUCGACAACGUUUACAUCGGUUACGGCAUCGCGAUUUUGAUUUUGAUGAAGAUCAAAGAUUCGGUAGAUGUGACUGCACUAGUUAUUCAUACUUCGUCCUUUCGAUGGUCUUAUUUUCAGUCGGAACAGUUAUAACAGUUUUAGCACUUGGAGACGCUGAUGGUUAUAUUCUAAGCAAUCUAGGACACAUGUGGCUUGUCGGUCCCAUAUUUAUCUGUUCGGGUAUGAUGGUGGCUGUCAAAAGCAUGUUGUAUUUAAGAAGGAAAAGUGUUAUUCAGAUGCUAUUACAUCAGCGUGCUAUAAUUAGAGACAUGGCAAGUGCACAAGCUGACCAAGCAUAUAGUGGCCAGGUUCCUCGAACUGCUUCAAGUGCAACACUUCCUCCCUCAUAUGAAGCACUUAUUACCAAUGCUGCCACAAGUAAACCUCAAUCAUCAAGUUCCGAACUCCCCCCUCCUACAUAUGAGGAAGCUAUGUAUCUGAUUGACGAUGAAAAAUUUCAAAUCAAUAAAAAUGAGGACGGCAAACCAGAAACUGGUGUCCAAACAAAUUCUCAUGAUGGUAUUAAACCAUAGGGAUUGUUUUAGAUAUAAGAAUUUACUUAAUAUUUAAGAUUUGUACUUAUUCUAUUCAGAAGUUGAACUUAUCAUAGUAUUCUAAAUGUGCCUAAACUUUUUGUCUUGAUGGUAUUUAUUAUACAGUGCCUAGGUCCUAGAGUACAUAAUAAUUAAUAUAAAGUAUUAAGGUUUCUUAAAGUUGAUAAUAAAUGGCCAUGGAUAACAAGUUGUAUAGAAUUUAGUAGUCAUUUUGUAAGUAAGCCAUAAAAAGGGCAAACAUAAUAUUUUUAUAGUAUGUACAUUUCUUCAUAAUUGAACAAAUUAUUUUUCAAAAUUAAUAAAACUCAAAGAAAAUUUAGAAAUUUUCUACUUGCAUUCCCAUUUUUUAUAAAAAAAAUAAUAUACAACUAAUCUGCCCUUAAUUUUUUUUUCAGAAAAUGUGUUAUUAUUUCAAAUAUUAUAAAAUGACUAAUAUUUAAUGAUAUUUUGUUCUUCUACUUAUUAAUUUAAUUAAUAACAUAUGCACUUUUUGGCUAUCAUAGUAGGCUAGUUAAAAAUUUAGAAUUUUAAGAUCAUUUUGACAAUUGUUUUAGAAUUCAUCUCAAGGUAUCAAUGUUAUCUUUUUUUUAUAAAACUGCACAAUAUUCAUCGUGUGUAAGUGCCUUGCAUUAUCUGUAUAUGAUAUCAACAGCAUUUUUUUUUGGUGAUGGGCUUAUGCCAGUGUUGUAUUAUUCUCCUGUAUUUCAUUUAUGGUAAGGUAAAAUUACUUAAAAUUAAUUGAGCAAAAUAUGUACUUAAUUAUUUUUUAUCUCACAAGAAGGUAUUAAUUAAUAAAAAUAAUUCUAUUGUUUGGUACUAAUCAGCAGUGUUUUUACAUUUGUGUUCAUUAAUGUGUAACUUAUGGUUUGCAACAUUUAAUUAUAAAUAGUUACUUGUUUGUUUUUGGUUAUUAAUUUUAUAUCAGUGGUUAUUUGCCAUCUAAUGAUAGGAAGUUUACUACAACUUAAUGUUGUGAAGACUGAAUCAAAUUUUACACAUUGUUGAAAUGUAUAAUAGAUUCAUACUAUAGUUAUUGUAUAUUAUAAUGUUGAUCUGAAUAAUGUUACUUCCAGUAAAAAAAAUACAUCAAGUAUGUAUAUUUAAUGAAUGUAUUUUAUUUAUAUCUAGUUUUAUCAAAUAUAAAGUAAGUAAAAACCCA